CCGCCUGCGCAGCACCACAGGCACGCCCGCCACCAGCCAUCUGCCCGAGGACGCCGCUUCGCCGACGCACCCGACGGGAAUACAGCAUACUCGCUACUCGUAAUGUCGGCGCAGGACGCCCAGCAGGCGCUCUCGCCGCCUACGACGCUCUACCGCAUGUACCACAGCCCGCCUGUCCAGACCGCGACACAACCCGCCCACGUCCACGAGCACACACAGAACGCCUACCACGACCCCGUGCGGAUACAGGGCAGCAUGGGCGACCUUUCGUCGACGGUCAAGGGCAUCAUGAUCGGCAUCUUCUCCGUCCUAGGCGCUGCGGGAUUCGUGCUCAUCGUUGCCGCCAUCGUCUACUACUUCCGAUACACCCAGCAGGGCCGCAUCUUCCUGGACAGGUUAUCGCGGCCGGGAGAGUACGACGAUGAGCAGCAGUUUGCGAAGGAGGAGGCCGAGGCGCUUGAGGACAUGGACGACAUACAAAGAACAGAGUAUCUGAGGGCAAAAGCGUUCAUCCAAGCCAACCCGCCCGAAUCCGUUCAAACCGACAUUUCCUUAUCGCAGUUCUUGGCAAUCCAAGAGAAGGGCGUGUCUGCCUGGGAAUUCGAACCCGAGCUCGAGAUCGCGAAUUGUUUCGUAGAAGGACGGACCGAGAUUGAGUUCUUCGACUCGGAAUGCAGCGUGCAGAGCAACCUACCGAUCCCGAAGCAGAAUGAGGUCUACUACUGGGAGGCCAAGAUCUACGACAAGCCCGAUACAACCAACCUUGCCAUUGGUGUGACCACAAAGCCGUAUCCCUUGUUCAGGCUGCCUGGCUUCCACAAAUACUCUAUAGCGUACACAUCCCAUGGCUCGCGGCGACAUAACCAGCCAUUCACACCUACCUCUUACGGCCCUGCUUACGUGCAAGGCGAUGUUAUCGGCGUCGGUUACCGACCUCGCACAGGCACCAUCUUCUUCACGCGCAACGGAAAGAAGCUCGACGACGUGGCUCACGGUCUCAAGACUCAGAACUUCUUCCCGACUGUUGGUGCCAACGGGCCCUGCCAAGUGCACGUCAACUUUGGCCAGAUGGGAUUCGUUUUCAUCGAGGCUAACGUGAAGAAGUGGGGUCUGGCUCCCAUGACAGGCAGUUUGGCUCCCCCGCCUCCCUACGGCAGCGAACAAGGGUCCAUACUGCUAGACAGCGGCCGCGAAGGUGUAAGAGAAGGCAUGGCAGGCAAUUACAUAUCUGCUGGAUUUGGACAUGGACGGACAAGCAGCCAGCAGAUGCGACUGGGUCGGCACCAGCCAACAAGUCCCGGUCCGCAGCGCAGUCCAACCGAUAUCUCCUUGGCUCAGCUAAGCCUAGUAGAUUCGAACGAAGAGUACGACGUGGGUGAGGGGACAAGCGCAGAAGCAGCCAGACACGAAGCAGUGCACGGUCUUGGAUUCCUUCAACCCGGAGACCUACCUCCCGAGUACACAAGCCCCGUAGGCUCUCCGAACCUCAGCAGCGUCGCCAGUCACGCCGACAGCUACUGGGAAGAACGCACUCCGCUUAUACAAGCUUCGCAACCUCAACCCGCCCGACAGGCCAGCCCACCUAUACCUACUUACGACGCUGCAGUGCGUGACUCACCCGCGCCAGAGCCCCCACAGGUUCGGGUUCGCAGUGCUACGGAGACAUCGCGAACGCGAAGAGGUCGUAACCAGUCACGGUCAUGAGUUCCUCCAAACAUUACCUUCCAUACCCUGUAUCUCUUGUUUCUUUUGUUAUCAAUUGGUGACAAUCUGGUCACCAUCGCGUCACGGAUCUAACUAUACCCAUCUCUCACACUCGCAUAUCAUCUCCUCGGUCACCUCGGAGCUCUCGAAACGAACGGAAAACGCAGGAAUAGGGGGCGAUUAUUCUUGCAUAGCAGCAGGAACUGUGUAUCAAAGAGCGAUUAAGCACGCAUU